AAGGACGGGAUAAUUGUAAUAAGUUAUGGACAUGGAAUCAUACAAAAAGCACGAAUUAAUUGGGCAAGGGACUUUUGGCGCAGUUUUCCUAGCUGUAAAUCCAAAAGGUGAGAAACUCGUCUUCAAGGAAAUAGUGCUAGCAGGAUACAGCGAAAAAGAAAUCAGUAAAAAGCUCAAAGAGGCCUCUUUGCUCUCAUCGCUCAAACACCCGAACAUAGUCAAGUACCGUCAUCACAAGAUAAAAGAUGAUAUUUUGACGAUCGCCAUGGAAUAUGCCGAAGACGGGAACUUGAAAAAUUUUAUCAACACCAGGCCCGAAAAAUUGGAGGAAGAUCUCAUGCUACGUAUUUUCACUCAGAUCAUUCUCGCAGUCAAUUAUAUUCACGAGCAGAACAUCGUACAUCGUGAUAUUUGCGCUGAGAAUGUCUUAUUGAAAAAACGCUUCCAAGUUAAACUGAGUGACUUCGGCAUUUCAAAACAGGAUGGAGGAUCUUCUGGUAUUUCUAGCGGCCACCUGAGCUAUUUUGCGCCUGAGCUUUGCCGUGGGAAGAAACAUUCACGUGAAACUGAUAUGUGGGCUGUGGGAUGUCUUUUGUUCCUGCUUGCGACGCUAGAACUUCCGUUCAAUUCGCCAACAAUCGCUGGUCUUCUGAGAGCAAUACUUGUCACACCACCAUCGCUCACUACUGGCAAGUAUUCAUUUCAACUCCAGGGUUUGAUUGAUGCCCUGUUAGCAAAAAAUCCAUAUUUACGCCUAACGGCUAAAAAUCUUUUAUCUCAUCAGUAUCUAGCAUAUCAUGUUCAUUUAAAUUGUUUUCGACCUAUAUAAUUACUGUUUUAUAAAUGUAUUGUGUUUAAAAAUGUUGAGUUUUAUAUUUUUUUUAUUCUGUCAAUAUAAUUACAAAACAAAAAUUUAUUAGAACUUAAUGAGUGAAACUCUAACAAAUUCCAGUUAAGAAAAUAAUAUAUUUCAAUAUUUUACAUUUUAUAUAUUUUUUAAUAUUUUUAUUUAUUUAU